AUGUGGGACAGCAGCAACGCAAUAGUCGAGGUUGUUGGCGACUUCUCUUCACCACCAUGGACCAAGAGGCACUUGAUGACUUACUGCCACAUUCGCGA